AUGGUCAGAGCAUACAUGGUCAGAACCAAAGUGUUCCAACACAGGUCAAAGUGUUUCAACACAGGUCAGUCCCAAAGUGUUCCAACACAGGUCAAAGUGUUUCAACACAGGUCAGAACCAAAGUGUUCCAACACAGGUCAGAACCAAAGUGUUCCAACACAGGUCAGAACCAAAGUGUUCCAACACAGGUCAGAACCAAAGUGUUCCAACACAGGUCAGAACCAAAGUGUUCCAACACAGGUCAGAACCAAAGUGUUCCAUCACAGGUCAGAACCAAAGUGUUCCAACACAGGUCAGAACCAAAGUGUUCCAACACAGGUCAGAUCCAAGGUGUUCCAACACAGGUCAGAACCAAAGUGUUCCAACACAGGUCAGAACCAAGGUGUUCCAACACAGGUCCGAACCAAAGUGUUCCAACACAGGUCCGAACCAAAGUGUUCCAACACAGGUCCGAACCAAGGUGUUCCAACACAGGUCCGAACCAAAGUGUUCCAACACAGGUCCGAACCAAAGUGUUCCAAUACAGGUCCGAACCAAAGUGUUCCAACACAGGUCAGAACCAAGGUGUUCCAACACAGGUCAGAACCAAAGUGUUCCAACACAGGUCAAAGUGUUCCAACACAGGUCCGAACCAAAGUGUCCCAACACAGGUCCGAACCAAAGAGUUCCAACACAGGUCAGAACCAAAGAGUUCCAACACAGGUCAGAACCAAAGUGUCCCAACACAGGUCCGAACCAAAGAGUUCCAACACAGGUCAGAACCAAAGAGUUCCAACACAGGUCAGAACCAAAGAGUUCCAACACAGGUCAGAACCAAAGAGUUCCAACACAGGUCAGAACCAAAGUGUUCCAACACAGGUCCGAACCAAAGUGUUCCAACACAGGUCCGAACCAAAGUGUCCCAACACAGGUCCGAACCAAAGUGUCCCAACACAAGUCAGAACCAAAGAGUUCCAACACAGGUCAGAACCAAAGAGUUCCAAAACAGGUCAGAACCAAAGAGUUCCAAAACAGGUCAGAACCAAAGAGUUCCAACACAGGUCAGAACCAAAGUGUUCCAACACAGGUCCGAACCAAAGUGUUCCAACACAGGUCAGAACCAACGUGUUCCAACACAGGUCAGAACCAACGUGUUCCAACACAGGUCAGAACCAAAGUGUUCCAACACAGGUCAGAACCAAGGUGUUCCAACACAGGUCAGAACCAAAGUGUUCCAACACAGGUCAAAGUGUUCCAACACAGGUCAGAACCAAAGUGUUCCAACACAGGUCAGAACCAAAGUGUUCCAACACAGGUCAGAACCAAAGUGUUCCAACACAGGUCAAAGUGUUCCAACACAGGUCAGAAUCAAAGUGUUCCAACACGGGUCAGAACCAAAGUGUUCCAACACAGGUCAGAACCAACGUGUUCCAACACAGGUCAGAACCAAAGUGUUCCAACACAGGUCAGAACCAAGGUGUUCCAACACAGGUCAGAACCAAAGUGUUCCAACAGAGGUCCGAACCAAAGUGUUCCAACACAGGCCAGAACCAAGGUGUUCCAACACAGGUCAGAACCAAAGUGUUCCAACACAGGUCAGAACCAAAGUGUUCCGACACAGGUCAGAACCAAGGUGUUCCAACACAGGUCAGAACCAAAGUGUUCCAACACAGGUCAGAACCAAAGUGUUCCAACACAGGUCAGAACCAAAGUGUUCCAACACAGGUCAGAACCAAAGUGUUCCAACACAGGUCAAAGUGUUUUAACACAGGUCAGAACCAAAGUGUUCCAACACAGGUCAGAACCAAAGUGUCCCAACACAGGUCCGAACCAAAGUGUCCCAAUACAGGUCAGAACCAAAGUGUCCCAACACAGGUCAGAACCAAAAUGUUCCAACACAGGUCCGAACCAAAGUGUUCCAACACAGGCCAGCACCAAGGUGUUCCAACACAGGUCAGAACCAAAGUGUUCCAACACAGGUCCGAACCAAAGUGUUCCAACACAGGUCCGAACCAAAGUGUUCCAACACAGGUCAAAACCAACGUGUUCCAACACAAGUCAGAACCAAAGUGUUCCAACACAGGUCAAAACCAACGUGUUCCAACACAAGUCAGAACCAAAGUGUUCCAACACAGGUCAAAGUGUUCCAACACAGGUCCGAACCAAAGUGUUCCAACACAGGUCAGAACCAAAGUGUUCCAACACAGGUCAGAACCAAAGUGUUCCAACACAGGUCAGAACCAAAGUGUCCCAACACAGGUCCGAACCAAAGUGUCCCAACACAGGUCAGAACCAAAGUGUCCCAACACAGGUCAGAACCAAAAUGUUCCAACACAGGUCCGAACCAAAGUGUUCCAACACAGGCCAGCACCAAGGUGUUCCAACACAGGCCAGAACCAAAGUGUUCCAACACAGGUCAGAACCAAAGUGUUCCAACACAGGUCAGAACCAAAGUGUUCCAACACAGGUCCGAACCAAAGUGUUCCAACACAGGUCAAAACCAACGUGUUCCAACACAAGUCAGAACCAAAGUGUUCCAACACAGGUCAAAACCAACGUGUUCCAACACAGGUCAGAACCAAAGUGUUCCAACACAGGUCAGAACCAAAGUGUUCCAACACAGGUCAAAGUGUUCCAACACAGGUCCGAACCAAAGUGUUCCAACACAGGUCCGAACCAAAGUGUUCCAACACAGGUCCGAACCAAAGUGUUCCAACACAGGUCAGAACCAAAGUGUUCCAACACAGGUCCGAACCAAAGUGUUCCAACACAGGUCAGAACCAACGUGUUCCAACACAGGUCAGAACCAACGUGUUCCAACACAGGUCAGAACCAAAGUGUUCCAACACAGGUCAGAACCAAAGUGUUCCAACACAGGUCCGAACCAAAGUGUCCCAACACAGGUCCGAACCAAAGUGUCCCAACACAGGUCCGAACCAAAGUGUCCCAACACAGGUCCGAACCAAAGUGUCCCAACACAGGUCCGAACCAAAGUGUCCCAACACAGGUCCGAACCAAAGUGUCCCAACACAGGUCCGAACCAAAGUGUUCCAACACAGGUCAGAACCAAAGUGUUCCAACACAGGUCAGAACCAAGGUGUUCCAACACAGGUCAGAACCAAAGUGUUCCAACAGAGGUCCGAACCAAAGUGUUCCAACACAGGCCAGAACCAAGGUGUUCCAACACAGGUCAGAACCAAAGUGUUCCGACACAGGUCAGAACCAAAGUGUUCCAACACAGGUCAGUCCCAAAGUGUUCCAACACAGGUCAGAACCAAAGUGUCCCAACACAGGUCCGAACCAAAGUGUCCCAACACAGGUCAGAACCAAAGUGUUCCAACACAGGUCAAAGUGUUUCAACACAGGUCAGUCCCAAAGUGUUCCAACACAGGUCAAAGUGUUUCAACACAGGUCAGAACCAAAGUGUUCCAACACAGGUCAGAACCAAAGUGUUCCAACACAGGUCAGAACCAAAGUGUUCCAACACAGGUCAGAACCAAAGUGUUCCAACACAGGUCAGAACCAAAGUGUUCCAACACAGGUCAGAACCAAAGUGUUCCAUCACAGGUCAGAACCAAAGUGUUCCAACACAGGUCAGAACCAAAGUGUUCCAACACAGGUCAGAUCCAAGGUGUUCCAACACAGGUCAGAACCAAAGUGUUCCAACACAGGUCAGAACCAAGGUGUUCCAACACAGGUCCGAACCAAAGUGUUCCAACACAGGUCCGAACCAAAGUGUUCCAACACAGGUCCGAACCUAGGUGUUCCAACACAGGUCCGAACCAAAGUGUUCCAACACAGGUCCGAACCAAAGUGUUCCAAUACAGGUCCGAACCAAAGUGUUCCAACACAGGUCAGAACCAAGGUGUUCCAACACAGGUCAGAACCAAAGUGUUCCAACACAGGUCAAAGUGUUCCAACACAGGUCCGAACCAAAGUGUCCCAACACAGGUCCGAACCAAAGAGUUCCAACACAGGUCAGAACCAAAGAGUUCCAACACAGGUCAGAACCAAAGUGUCCCAACACAGGUCCGAACCAAAGUGUCCCAACACAAGUCAGAACCAAAGAGUUCCAACACAGGUCAGAACCAAAGAGUUCCAACACAGGUCAGAACCAAAGAGUUCCAACACAGGUCAGAACCAAAGUGUUCCAACACAGGUCCGAACCAAAGUGUCCCAACACAGGUCCGAACCAAAGUGUCCCAACACAAGUCAGAACCAAAGAGUUCCAACACAGGUCAGAACCAAAGAGUUCCAACACAGGUCAGAACCAAAGUGUUCCAACACAGGUCCGAACCAAAGUGUUCCAACACAGGUCAGAACCAACGUGUUCCAACACAGGUCAGAACCAACGUGUUCCAACACAUGUCAGAACCAACGUGUUCCAACACAGGUCAGAACCAAAGUGUUCCAACACAGGUCAGAACCAAGGUGUUCCAACACAGGUCAGAACCAAAGUGUUCCAACACAGGUCAAAGUGUUCCAACACAGGUCAAAGUGUUCCAACACAGGUCAGAACCAAAGUGUUCCAACACAGGUCCAACACAGGUCAAAACCAAAGUGUUCCAACACAGGUCAAAGUGUUCCAACACAGGUCAGAAUCAAAGUGUUCCAACACGGGUCAGAACCAAAGUGUUCCAACACAGGUCAGAACCAACGUGUUCCAACACAGGUCAGAACCAAAGUGUUCCAACACAGGUCAGAACCAAGGUGUUCCAACACAGGUCAGAACCAAAGUGUUCCAACAGAGGUCCGAACCAAAGUGUUCCAACACAGGCCAGAACCAAGGUGUUCCAACACAGGUCAGAACCAAAGUGUUCCAACACAGGUCAGAACCAAAGUGUUCCGACACAGGUCAGAACCAAGGUGUUCCAACACAGGUCAGAACCAAAGUGUUCCAACACAGGUCAGAACCAAAGUGUUCCAACACAGGUCAGAACCAAAGUGUUCCAACACAGGUCAGAACCAAAGUGUUCCAACACAGGUCAAAGUGUUUUAACACAGGUCAGAACCAAAGUGUUCCAACACAGGUCAGAACCAAAGUGUCCCAACACAGGUCCGAACCAAAGUGUCCCAACACAGGUCAGAACCAAAGUGUCCCAACACAGGUCAGAACCAAAAUGUUCCAACACAGGUCCGAACCAAAGUGUUCCAACACAGGCCAGCACCAAGGUGUUCCAACACAGGUCAGAACCAAAGUGUUCCAACACAGGUCAGAACCAAAGUGUUCCAACAAAGGUCCGAACCAAAGUGUUCCAACACAGGUCAAAACCAACGUGUUCCAACACAAGUCAGAACCAAAGUGUUCCAACACAGGUCAAAACCAACGUGUUCCAACACAAGUCAGAACCAAAGUGUUCCAACACAGGUCAAAGUGUUCCAACACAGGUCCGAACCAAAGUGUUCCAACACAGGUCCGAACCAAAGUGUUCCAACACAGGUCAGAACCAAAGUGUUCCAACACAGGUCAGAACCAAAGUGUUCCAACACAGGUCAAAGUGUUUUAACACAGGUCAGAACCAAAGUGUUCCAACACAGGUCAGAACCAAAGUGUCCCAACACAGGUCCGAACCAAAGUGUCCCAACACAGGUCAGAACCAAAGUGUCCCAACACAGGUCAGAACCAAAAUGUUCCAACACAGGUCCGAACCAAAGUGUUCCAACACAGGCCAGCACCAAGGUGUUCCAACACAGGCCAGAACCAAAGUGUUCCAACACAGGUCAGAACCAAAGUGUUCCAACACAGGUCAGAACCAAAGUGUUCCAACACAGGUCCGAACCAAAGUGUUCCAACACAGGUCAAAACCAACGUGUUCCAACACAAGUCAGAACCAAAGUGUUCCAACACAGGUCAAAACCAACGUGUUCCAACACAGGUCAGAACCAAAGUGUUCCAACACAGGUCAGAACCAAAGUGUUCCAACACAGGUCAGAACCAAAGUGUUCCAACACAGGUCAGAACCAAAGUGUUCCAACACAGGUCAAAGUGUUCCAACACAGGUCCGAACCAAAGUGUUCCAACACAGGUCCGAACCAAAGUGUUCCAACACAGGUCAGAACCAAAGUGUUCCAACACAGGUCAGAACCAAAGUGUUCCAACACAGGUCAGAACCAACGUGUUCCAACACAGGUCAGAACCAACGUGUUCCAACACAGGUCAGAACCAAAGUGUUCCAACACAGGUCAGAACCAAAGUGUUCCAACACAGGUCCGAACCAAAGUGUCCCAACACAGGUCCGAACCAAAGUGUCCCAACACAGGUCCGAACCAAAGUGUUCCAACACAGGUCCGAACCAAAGUGUCCCAACACAGGUCCGAACCAAAGUGUCCCAACACAGGUCCGAACCAAAGUGUCCCAACACAGGUCCGAACCAAAGUGUCCCAACACAGGUCCGAACCAAAGUGUUCCAACACAGGGGGACAGGGACCCCGAACGCACGCCCGCCCACCCCCGAAGACAAUAAGAGCAAAGGAGGAGCAGAGGAGCCGAGCACAGGUCGUCCCCGGGGGACGGAGAGAAGACGAGGAAGGAGCAGCCAGGCAGCGCGGGACCACGAAGCCAGAGAGCGUGAGCAGAGGCGGAGAGCCCAGAGCACCCGAGCAGAGAGAGCUCCCCCAAGAGAAGAGCGCCGGGGACGGCGUCAGAAUAACAAGACGAGCGCAGAUAAGGAGAGACCGAGAGCGGCCCAGUAG